AUGAAGCGCCACCCGAAGAGCCGGGAGCUCCGUAUAGCUCCAUUUGCUUCGAGAGAUGGCCUCUCUUCUAUGUUUUCUCGGGUCCCGCUCCUGCAUGGCGUUUCUUCGGUCGAAGAGUCUCUGCAGAACUUAACAAUGGGUGAUCAUAUCCCAGGCCUCCUUAUUCCAAUUGCUUUCCUUUCCUCCCUAAGGACUAAUUUACAAAUAUCAACUUUCCCAGAAGAUGCCAUCUAUAACCCCUACUCUCCAUAUGGUAUUUCCAUAGAGAACGGCCCUGAUGUUCCAUGCACCCCCCUUUACGGCUCGUCCGGAAGCCAGGAAAGCUUGCCUCUACCAUCUCCGGUCAUCCGGAGACCGACACGAAGAAACUCCAGGACCACGACAGCACUGCACAUUGAUUCAGAUACCCUACAUACCAGCUCUCGCCUCACCGUAUAUCCUACACAGUCUGAGAAAGAAAUCACAUCUGCUCUUGGGCUAAUCUCGGAGAGCGUUUCUCAACAACGAAUACUGGCCGUCAGAGCCAUCAUUUCACACCCCGCAGUGCUUGCGGCUGGAUUACUAUUUUUGUUAUCGAGUUCUAAACUCAUCUACUCGGGCUCACCCGCCGACCUUAUUCUAAUUCUCAGCGUCUGGACGUUGAGUUUCCUUAUUCUGAUCCUGGUGAUCCGCUUUAUGGUCAAGGGGUAUUUGGUCCAGAUUCAGCAGACUCAAGAUAUCAAGUGGCUUUCUCAAGACUCUGUCCAUGGCCUAUCACAUAGACGUGAUGAAGUGUUCAUUGCUCGGGACACUGGUACUGGCGACGAUGAGCACAGUGGAGAUAUCGUUGGCGUGCUUGUCAUGAGGAUUUGCAAGACUGUUACCGAUGCUAACACACCGGGUGUACGACCGCGAUCAGCCAGACGGAAGAGCUCUGCCAGGUGGACGGGCAUUAUCCGUGCAUGGACAGUUAGACAGUCCGCUAGAUCAAAUGGGGUGGGCAAAAGGCUACUUGAAGGAGCUAUUGCUAAUUGUCGACUUCGGACCCUGGAUGGUCCCAUGUUUGCUGACGAUCAUGCCCAUUCGAAGCGGUUUCUGCCUGGGAUAUUUAAUAUUGGCUUUUACAAGCAAGAUGCAUGGGCACGGAGCUUUUUAGAGCAUAUUGUUAUAAAGGAAAGGAGCAAGUAA